UGAACAGCAUCUUAAAGCAGUAAUUUAUAUAGUUAUCAGUCUAUAGCAAAAAAAAGUUAUUUAAAGGAGACAAAUUAAACAGCUGCAGGCGGUGGAUCUUCCAAAACCGAACCCAGUUCUCAUUAAAGUUUUCGGUAUGGUACAGACUGACCUGCGAAGUAUUUCGAGCAUUUUCUGAUGUCUCUAUCUCAUAUUUUCAGUCCUUCCCCCUUCCUUAUCCAUCAGCUUUUUAGUCAGUUGAGAGAAGUGGGCAGCGCCAGAUGUUUAGAAUGGUAAAGAAAAACGAGGCGAGGAUGCAUUUCAUUGGUUAAAUAAAACUAUGAGAACCGGUUUAUUUUAUGCAGGGCCUCAUGGACCACUUCUCUGAGCUAUUAGCGCAACAAGCUAACAUUAUCGUCAUGGGUGUUCUGGAGAAUGCCAAGAGACAGCUUCAGGAUUUGCAGCUUGAAGCAGAAAGUAGGGAAGAGACCGACGAACAGCCCAGUUUCCAAAUCAGUAACAUCGAAUGGGUUACAAACAGGGACUUCACAGUUGCCAUUGGAGCAAAACAAAUAGAAGAAUAUAUUUCUACAUGGGAGUUUUCCAAUUGCUGGCUUCAUUGCCUAGACUACCUGAAAGAGGAGGAGCUGGAAUACCGUAUUCAACAUCAUUAUCGUGUACGGUGGAGUAUACCAACUCGGAGGAAGCCCAUCCCACGAGCAACAGCCUCUACUUACUUUAUCAUAGAAAUCUCUAAAGUUAAACCACCAAUUUUCCCAGUUGAAGUUUACUUCUUUUUUGAAUCAAACAGACUUCUACACAGACCUGGUAAAACAAGAUUCAGAGAAAAAUGGCUAAAAGACAUCAUCGAAAGUAAAAUUAUAUUAAUGGAACAAGUGACCUUUUAG